AUGGGUAUUUCAUUUUCAAAAAAAAAAAACAAUAUCGAAGAAUUUUUAGCAAUGGAUUCCAAAAUUGCGGAUAUGGAGUCCAAAAUUAAAAGCUCAAAAGAUUUUCAUAAUAGCUUAUUUUGGAAAUUUAUUUUUUAUAGUUUAAUAGUAGAAUUUUUUUUAUUAUUAAUUUCAUAUAUCCAAUCUCAUUCAUUCAAUACAUUGAUUGAAAAAUCAAUGUGCUAUGGAUACUCCUUUUUAUUCUUUAUAAUAAUUUGCUCCUUAGCUAUAUUAUAUAAAUUUUUAUUCGAAUCUUUAAUAGAAAUUUAUGAGGAUAAAUUAGAGAGUUUAAAUAUCGGUAUGGAAAUAUUAUUAGGUGAUGGAAACCUUGAAGCCGAUAUUAAUAAAAUCAAAAAAAUAAUAGAGAUAUAUGAAAAAAGAAAAUUAAAUAGGGUUCAGAUAGAGAAACAACAUCAAGAACCACAACAACCACAACAACCACAACAACCACAGCAGCCAGAUGAACCACAACAACCAAAACAAUCAGAACAACAGGAACAACAAAACAGCAUUGUUAAUAACAACAUUAACAAAAAAAGUAAUCUUUCUGAAUCAUUUUUUUUAGAAAAAAUUAAAUACGAUUUGGUUUCAGAAGAUAAUAAUAACAAAUUCUUGGAGGCAUUAAUUGUCAUUAAUAAUAGUUUAUCUAAGGGCAAUUUUUUCAGAGGUUUAGAAACUCAACAACUUGACCUCCUCAUAAAUAAUGUUGUUAACUUUGCUGUUUAUUACGAAAAGGUAUCCGAUGAAGUUAAAGCUAUUAGUAGUCUAAUAGUUUCAAAAAUAUUAGCUGAGGUAUAUUUCAAUCCAAACAUUAAAAUAGAACAUAUAGAAAUUGUUGGAUUAUAUAAAAAACAGCUAUAUAGAAUCGUUGCCAGAUGUAAUAUGUAUAGACACUAUGAAGUACAAGGGGCUGUAUCAGUAUUUAAAGAAUUUGCAAGGGCCCUCCAUAACAAUAUUGUAUGGAUAAUUAAAGAAAAACAUGACGUUGAAUUAGUUGACAUGGUUCGGUGUGCAGCUUUAGAUCUCUUUGAAGGGUUAGAGAGUCUAAGUUUUCACGAAUCAUACCAUAAAUUGCACAAAGAUACCCAUUCUAUUAUUUGCAGCUAUGUUUAUUUUGCAAGUGAAAACGUCCUUUCUGAACACUCAAAAAGAUACAAGGAUAUUAUAAAUAAUUGGGGUUUUAUGUAA